UCGGUGGCCCCCCGGGGCAGAUCCGGGGACGUGCCGCCGCCACCACUCUCUACAGCCCCGCUCCUCACUCCUCGGUUGCGAGCGGGAUCCGUCCUGGGUGCGGCUUUACCCCGGCUCCCGGUGAUACCGUUUGCAGCCCUGCGAGUUUCAGGGAGAAGGAAAGAGACGAAGAGAGAUCUUCAUCUUCUGGGUCACUCACCAAAUGGCUACAACAGCAGGGGGCUGGAGCAGGCUGAAGCCAGGAGCCUGGAGCAUCGUCUGGUCUCCCACCCUCUGCUUCAACUGGGUCAUCGAGCUCACACCCUCAUCCAGUCAACAUUAUCCGGGCGCCCUCUUAUGCACAAGAUAGCUGUGAGACCUGGGGUACAAGGGUGCUGUGCUCCAGGAUCCCCCCUGGGUCAGCAGGAGGAGAGGCCAAUGGGCAGCCCCAGGAUGCCAUGACACGAGAGGGCCAGGAGCAGCACAGAGCAGGCCCUCACCAGCCCGGGGGCAGGUGCAGAAGCAUCUGCAGGAACAGCCAUGUACGGAGCUGAGCCUAGGCCAGGAGACAGGGGUGAGGUGGGAGCAUUCGCAGGAGUGAACGGCAGGAGCAAGGGCACGCAGGCUCCAGGGUCCCGGGCCCCAUCCCCCAGGCUGCUUUCCCCCUGAGCCUUUCUCCCUAGGGGGCCCUCCUGGGAUGAGCUGCUGCAGAGAGGAGGAGCACACGCCCUUGGUCACUGGAAGUUCUGCCACAAACAGAAUCCUCCUGCCCCGGCAGCUGGAGAAAGCAGGAGUGCGGGCAUUCUGCUCUUGGGGGCCCCGGGGGAGCCAGACACCUGCUACAGCGCCUCCCCUGGCGGCUCCCCCAGCGUAAUGCCCUGGAUCUCUAAGCACGGCACCUCUGCUACCUGCACAGCCUGGCAUCCCGGCCAUGCGCAGCCUCAUCCAGGACCCCUGAGAUUUAGACCCGGGCAGCCCAGUGGGGGCAGGUGGGCAAGCACACUCCCUUCUUAUGUCUGACAGGCCCUGGAUUUCUACGUAGCACAGUGUGACCCGCCCAGGGCCAGGAUCCCUGAGCCUGUGACCAACCUGCCUGUGCAGGAGGUGGUGUGGGUCACCCCCCCAAACAGCAAUGCAACAGUCUGCCUUCCUGUGCACACCAACCAGGAAAUUUGUGAUCCCCAUGCGAGCGAGUGCCCCAGCCCCUUGCCCGCCCCUCCCAUGCUCAUGCCCACCGGCAUCUGUCUGCUCUUAGUGACACAGCUUGAUGAACCCGACUGAGGGGUGGGCGGAGGCCUCCGCUCCCGAAGCUGCACGAAGACACCUGAAGCUGGACAGGGCUUUAUCUGGGAGCCAGCGGCUGCUGAAUAAUGAAUUCCGGCUUGGUCUCUGUGCUCCCAGGCUGCGCGCUGGUGCACCACACACACACACACACACACACACACACACACGCUGGGCUGACAACUUGGAGGGGCGGGAGCUGGCAGGGCUGGAGGCUCCGUGAGUCGCUGGAAGGAGCAGCUUGCUCGGUUGCCUUGGUCUCUGUGGGCAGCGUCGCAGGGGGCGCUGGAGGAGGAGGAGGAGGAGGAGGAGGAGGCAGCUGCGGUGAGGCAGGAGAGGCAGGCGUGAGAGCCGCUCCACCAGCUCGCGUUUCCCGGCUGCUCCCUCCUGGCAGUGCCGGGCUCACCACGCCAGCAUGGCCCUGCUGGUCCACCUCCAGACGGUCUCGGAGCUGCGGGGCAGGGGCGACCGGAUCGCCAAAGUGACUUUCCGAGGCCAGUCCUUCUACUCCCGGGUGCUGGAGAACUGUGAGGACGUGGCUGACUUCGACGAGACGUUCCGGUGGCCAGUGGCGAGCGGCAUUGACAGAAAUGAGGUGCUGGAGAUUCAGAUUUUCAACUACAGCAAGGUCUUCAGUAACAAGCUAAUCGGGACCUUCCGCAUGGUUCUGCAGAAGGUGGUGGAGGAGAGCCACGUGGAGGUGACUGACACCCUGAUGGAUGACAACAAUGCAAUCAUCCAGACCAGCCUGUGCGUGGAGGUCCGGUAUCAGGCCACAGACGGCACUGCGGGCCCCUGGGACGAUGGGGACUUCCUGGGGGAUGAGUCUCUUCAAGAGGAAGAGAAAGACAGCCAGGAGACAGACGGACUGCUGCCCGGCUCCCGCCCCAGCUGCCGGCCUCCAGGCGAGAAGAGCUUCCGGAGCAAAGGCAGACAGAAGACCAAGGGAGGCAGAGAUGGCGAGCACAAAGCAGGGAGGAGCGUGUUCUCUGCCAUGAAGCUCGGCAAGACCCGGCCCCACAAGGAGGAGUCCCAAAGACCAGAUGAGCCAGCGGUGCUGGAGAUGGAGGACAUGGACCACCUGGCCCUCCGGCUGGGGGACGGGCUGGAUCCCGACUCCGUGUCCCUCGCCUCUGUUACAGCUGUCACCACCAAUGUCUCCAACAAGCGGUCUAAGCCGGACAUUAAGAUGGAGCCAAGUGCGGGGCGGCCCAUGGACUACCAGGUCAGCAUCACGGUGAUCGAGGCUCGGCAGCUGGUGGGCUUGAACAUGGACCCCGUGGUGUGCGUGGAGGUGGGCGAUGACAAGAAGUACACAUCCAUGAAGGAGUCCACAAACUGCCCCUACUACAAUGAGUACUUCGUCUUUGACUUCCACGUCUCUCCUGACGUCAUGUUCGACAAGAUCAUCAGGAUCUCGGUGAUUCACUCCAAGAACCUGCUACGCAGUGGCACCCUGGUGGGCUCCUUCAAAAUGGACGUGGGGACCGUGUACUCCCAGCCUGAACACCAGUUCCACCACAAGUGGGCCGUCCUCUCGGACCCUGACGACAUCUCCGCUGGGCUGAAGGGCUACGUGAAGUGUGACGUCGCCGUGGUGGGCAAGGGAGACAACAUCAAGACGCCCCACAAGGCCAACGAGACAGACGAGGAUGACAUUGAGGGGAACUUGCUGCUGCCGGAGGGGGUGCCCCCGGAACGCCAGUGGGCCCGGUUCUACGUGAAAAUUUACCGCGCAGAGGGGCUGCCCCGAAUGAACACCAGCCUCAUGGCCAACGUCAAGAAGGCGUUCAUCGGCGAAAACAAGGACCUCGUAGACCCCUACGUGCAGGUCUUCUUUGCUGGCCAGAAGGGCAAGACCUCCGUGCAGAAGAGCAGCUACGAGCCCCUGUGGAACGAGCAGGUGGUCUUCACAGACCUGUUCCCCCCACUCUGCAAACGCAUGAAGGUGCAGAUCCGAGACUCGGACAAGGUCAACGACGUGGCCAUCGGCACCCACUUCAUCGACCUGCGCAAGAUCUCCAACGACGGAGACAGAGGCUUCCUGCCCACGCUGGGCCCGGCCUGGGUGAACAUGUACGGCUCCACCCGCAACUACACGCUGCUGGACGAGCACCAGGACCUGAACGAGGGCCUGGGCGAGGGCGUGUCCUUCCGGGCCCGCCUCAUGCUGGGCCUGGCUGUGGAGAUUCUGGACACCUCCAACCCCGAGCUCACCAGCUCCACAGAGGUGCAGGUGGAGCAGGCCACGCCCAUCUCCGAGAGCUGCACCGGGAAAAUGGAGGAAUUCUUUCUAUUCGGAGCCUUCCUAGAGGCCUCCAUGAUUGACCGGAAGAAUGGAGACAAGCCGAUCACCUUCGAGGUGACCAUAGGCAACUAUGGGAACGAAGUCGAUGGCCUGUCACGACCCCGGCGGCCUCGGCCCCGGAAGGAGCCUGGGGACGAGGAGGAAGUGGACUUGAUCCAGAACUCAAGUGACGACGAGGCCGAUGACGGCGGGGACCUGGCCUGCGUCUCCUCCACUCCCCCCAUGCGGCCCCAGAUCACAGACAGGAACUACUUCCACCUGCCCUACCUGGAGCGCAAACCCUGCAUCUACAUCAAGAGCUGGUGGCCGGACCAGCGCCGCCGCCUGUACAACACCAACAUCAUGGACCACAUUGCUGACAAGCUGGAGGAGGGCCUGAACGACGUGCAGGAGAUGAUCAAGACCGAGAAGCCCUUCCCGGAGCGGCGGCUGCGGGGCGUCCUGGAGGAGCUGAGCUGCGGCUGCCACCGCUUCCUCUCCCUGGCUGACAAGGACCAGGGGCAUUCGUCCCGCACCAGGCUGGACCGAGAGCGCCUCAAGUCGUGCAUGCGGGAGCUGGAGAGCAUGGGCCAGCAGGCGAGGAGCCUGCGGGCACAGGUGAAGCGGCACACGGUGAGGGACAAGCUGAGGUUGUGCCACAACUUCCUGCAGAAGCUGCGCUUCCUGGCAGAUGAGCCCCAGCACAGCAUCCCCGACGUGUUCGUGUGGAUGAUGAGCAACAACAAGCGCAUCGCCUACGCCCGAGUGCCCUCCCAGGACCUGCUCUUCUCGCUCGUGCAGGAGGAGAUGGGCAAAGACUGCGCCAAAGUCAAGACGCUCUUCCUCAAGCUUCCGGGCAAGCGGGGCUUCGGCUCGGCGGGCUGGACGGUCCAGGCCAAGCUGGAGCUGUACCUGUGGCUGGGCCUCAGCAAGCAGCGCAAGGACUUCCUGUGUGGCCUGCCCUGCGGCUUCGAGGAGGUCAAGGCGGCCCAGGGCCUGGGCCUGCACUCCUUCCCGCCCAUCAGCCUGGUCUACACCAAGAAGCAGGCCUUCCAGCUCCGAGCCCACAUGUACCAGGCCCGCAGUCUCUUUGCUGCCGACAGCAGCGGGCUCUCCGACCCCUUCGCCCGCGUGUUCUUCAUCAACCAGAGUCAGUGCACGGAGGUGCUGAAUGAGACCCUGUGCCCCACCUGGGACCAGAUGCUGGUGUUUGACAACCUGGAGCUGUAUGGCGAGGCUCACGAGCUGCGGGAUGACCCCCCCAUUAUUGUCAUCGAAAUCUACGACCAGGACACCAUGGGCAAAGCCGACUUCAUGGGCCGGACCUUCGCCAAACCCCUGGUGAAGAUGGCGGACGAGGCGUACUGCCCACCCCGCUUCCCGCCCCAGCUAGAGUACUACCAAAUCUACCGCGGGAACGCCACGGCCGGAGACCUGCUGGCUGCCUUCGAGCUGCUGCAGAUCGGGCCAGCAGGGAAGGCCGACCUGCCCCCCAUCAACGGCCCGGUGGACAUGGACCGGGGGCCCAUCAUGCCAGUGCCCGUGGGCAUCCGUCCUGUGCUGAGCAAGUACCGAGUGGAGGUGCUGUUCUGGGGCCUGCGGGACCUGAAGCGGGUGAACCUGGCGCAGGUGGACCGGCCGCGCGUGGACAUCGAGUGUGCAGGGAAGGGGGUACAGUCGUCCCUGAUCCACAACUACAAGAAGAACCCCAACUUCAGCACCCUGGUCAAGUGGUUUGAGGUGGACCUGCCCGAGAACGAGCUUCUGCACCCACCCCUCAACAUCCGCGUGGUGGACUGCAGGGCCUUCGGCCGCUACACCCUGGUGGGCUCCCACGCCGUCAGCUCCCUGCGCCGCUUCAUCUACCGGCCCCCGGACCGCUCCGCCUCCAGCUGGAAUACCACGGGGGAGGUCGUGGUGAGCAUGGAGCCCGAGGUGCCGGUCAGGAAGCUGGAGACCAUGGUGAAGCUGGACGCGGCUUCUGAUGCUGUCGUCAAGGUGGACGUGGCUGAGGAAGAAAAGGACAGGAAGAAGAAGAAGAAGAAGGGCACCUCGGAGGAGCUGGAGGAGGAGGAGCCGGACGAGAGCGUGCUGGACUGGUGGUCCAAGUACUUCGCCUCCAUCGACACCAUGAGGGAGCAACUUCGACAACAAGAGGCCUCGGGAGUGGACUUGGAGGAGAAGGAGGAAGCAGACAACACCGAGGGCCUGAAGGGGCCCGUGAAGGGCAAGGACAAGGCGAGGGCUGCGAAGGAGGAGAAGAAGAAGAAGACACAGGGCCCCGGCCCCGGCCAGGGGCCCGAGACCCCUGAGAAGAGGAAACCCAAGAUUGAUGAGCUGAAGGUGUACCCCAAGGAGCUGGAGUCCGAGUUCGACAAUUUCGAGGACUGGCUGCACACCUUCAACCUGCUGCGGGGCAAGACCGGUGAUGACGAGGACGGCUCCACCGAGGAGGAGCGCAUCGUGGGCAGGUUCAAGGGCUCCCUGUGCGUGUACAAAGUGCCACUCCCAGAGGACGUGUCCCGGGCAGCCGGCUACGACCCCACCUACGGCAUGUUCCAGGGCAUCCCGAGCAACGACCCCAUCAACGUGCUGGUCCGAGUCUACGUGGUGCGGGCCACAGACCUGCACCCGGCCGACAUCAACGGCAAAGCUGACCCCUACAUCGCCAUCCGGCUGGGCAAGACGGACAUCCGCGACAAGGAGAACUACAUCUCCAAGCAGCUCAACCCCGUCUUCGGGAAGUCCUUCGACAUCGAGGCCUCCUUUCCCAUGGAGUCCAUGCUGACGGUGGCCGUGUACGACUGGGACCUGGUGGGCACCGACGACCUCAUUGGGGAGACCAAGAUCGACCUGGAGAACCGCUUCUACAGCAAGCACCGCGCCACCUGCGGCAUCGCUCGCACCUACUCCACGCAUGGCUACAACAUCUGGAGGGACCCCCUGAAGCCCAGCCAGAUCCUGGCCCGUCUCUGCAAGGAGGGCAAGGUGGACGGCCCCCACUUCGGGCCCCCCGGGAGGGUGAAGGUGGCCAACCGCGUCUUCACCGGGCCCUCGGAAAUGGAGGACGAGAAUGGUCAGAGGAAGCCCACGGACGAGCACGUGGCGCUGUCCGCCCUGCGCCACUGGGAGGACAUCCCGCGCGUGGGCUGCCGCCUGGUGCCAGAGCACGUGGAGACGAGGCCGCUGCUCAACCCUGACAAGCCAGGCAUCGAGCAGGUACGAGCUGCGGGUCAUCGUGUGGAACACGGACGAGGUGGUCCUGGAGGACGACGACUUCUUCACGGGGGAGAAGUCCAGCGACAUUUUUGUGCGGGGGUGGCUGAAGGGCCAGCAGGAGGACAAGCAGGACACGGACGUGCACUACCACUCGCUCACGGGCGAGGGCAACUUCAACUGGCGCUACCUGUUCCCCUUCGACUACCUGGCGGCUGAGGAGAAGAUCGUCAUCUCCAAGAAGGAGUCCAUGUUCUCGUGGGACGAGACCGAGUACAAGAUCCCCGCGCGGCUCACGCUGCAGAUCUGGGAUGCCGACCACUUCUCCGCCGACGACUUCCUGGGGGCCAUCGAGCUGGACCUGAACCGGUUCCCGCGGGGCGCGAAGACGGCCAAGCAGUGCACCAUGGAGAUGGCCACCGGCGAGGUGGACGUGCCCCUGGUGUCCAUCUUCAAGCAGAAGCGUGUCAAGGGCUGGUGGCCCCUGCUCGCCCGCAAUGAGAAUGACGAGUUCGAGCUCACGGGCAAGGUGGAGGCUGAACUGCACUUGCUGACGGCGGAGGAGGCGGAGAAGAACCCGGUGGGCCUGGCCCGCAAUGAACCUGACCCCCUGGAGAAACCCAACCGGCCGGACACGGCGUUCGUCUGGUUCCUGAACCCACUCAAGUCCAUCAAGUACCUCAUCUGCACCCGCUACAAGUGGCUCAUCAUCAAGAUCGUGCUGGCGCUGCUGGCGCUGCUCAUGCUGGCGCUCUUCCUCUACAGCAUGCCCGGCUACAUGGUCAAGAAGCUGCUGGGGGCGUGAAGGCCGGCGCCUGCUGCCUUUGCCCUGGGGAGCCCCAACCAGCCCCUCGUCCUCACCUGCAGGCUGGGGGGCGUGGAAAGGGAUGGGGCCGCAGAGCAGCCACCUCCUGCCCCAUCUUGCCGGGACACCACCUCCUCCAGGCCCUGGCUCUCCAGGAAGUCUCCCCAAACCCGCCCUGGGCUGAGUCUGGGACCCUGGGCCAGGGCCAAGGGCUUCCAAGAGUAAGGAGCAAAAGGUGCCCCCACCCAUCCCCUAGACAGACUGAGGAGAGCUGAGGCCACCAGUCCCCACCCCCAAGCCCUGUGGAGGCUGCUCCGCCCACUGCCCGUGGCUCCUCCUCCUUCCCAGGCAGCCCCUAUCCUGUUGCAGGUUCCUGUCACUCCCCACAGCUCCCCAGCCCAGACACGAGCCGUGCCCUGCCCUGCGGCUGCAGCCAGAGCUCCCUCUCCAAGUGCUGCCCUCGGCCUGCACCUGGGUUUCGGCCGCCUUUCUUCGUUUCUUGAGUGUGACUUUUCUCUUAAUAAAAAGAAUCCAAAUCCU